GUCACACACUGCCUUAAAGUGCGCACAUUGUUUUUAACGUUUUUAAUCCAAAGAAAUGGAGGAAAAGGUGCUGCCGAAAUUCGUACUGCCGUCGCCGAAAUUCGACAAACCCAAUGGAGUCAGCAAGGCGCCUCAUCUCUACCUGACCCCCAGUGGGAUGACCCUGCUGCCGAGGGCUAAGCAGCCGCCACCCAUGUACGGCGCACGAGGAUCAACAGUUCCUGCUAGAUUUCUUGCUCAGGAGCAAUUUAUAACACAGAGAAGCCCAGUCAGUGAGCCAGAAAGCCCGCCAAUUUACAAAUCUCCCCCGCGAUCGGAGUACUGCCACACGUGUUGCAUGGAAUUGGCCACUUCUGAGGACAUGAAACGCCACCUGGAGCAACAUGAAUCCUGUCCUGCUGAUGACUGCGACUUUGAGUCCCUGCACAAUAUCUUGGAACGCCAUAUAGAAGCUAAUCACAUCACCGGUGCCUACAAAAAGAUCAAGAAAGUGUGGACGCAGGAGGAAUUGGCCGCCUGGAAGGCAGAACGGAGAAAGAGAUUUCCAACUGCCGCGAAUGUUGAGCAGGCCAGAUUGGCCAAGGAGCAGAGAAUCAAGCGCGGCGAGCGCCUGGAGGCCUCGAAAUCUCGCUUUGGCAACCGCGAAGAUCGCCAAAGGACCCGACCCAAGGGAGAUAACCAGGAACGUUUGGAUUCCAAAAACAGGAGAAAGAGAGGUGCCAAAAACAGAACCUCGGACAACAAGAAAUCUAAUGGAAGUCAAAAGAAACCAACUGAUAAAACAAACUCAAGUAAAGAAACUUCAACAAAGUCCAUUGAUUUAAAGAGUGAAACUGAAGAGCCCAAGGACGAGGAAAUCAACAUCUGCUCCCUGGGAAAUGGCAAGUUCUGUGGAACUGCACACAUGACGGACUACCAGCACUUCAAGGAGAAAGUGAAACAAAAGGAAAAUGCAUUGUUUGGUCUACUGGGGAUGUAUGGUUCCGAUAGUGAAGAGGAAAGUGAAAGUCAGAGUGAGGAUCAGGUUGUAGCAGAGGAAAAUUUGCAAGCAAAAGCAGAAUUGGCGAGCUCCAAAAAUGAGAAUUCUAUGCCCUUGGAAAAGGACCAAAACUAUGAUGAUCAGGACCUAAAACUAAGUUCUGAGGCUUCUGAUAAAGUCAUUCCCAUUGGGAAUAUGGAAUCCAGCAAAGAAUUAACUUUUGUGAUGGAUGAGGCAUCCACUUCAGAUGAACACUGCCAAAAAGGUGGCAUUAAUCGCACAACUGAAGCAGUUCCUAUUACAAUUAAAGCUGCCGAUUCCUCCGACGAAGCACCAGAUGAAGAGCCCUUCAAGCGAGUGACUGAAACUAUCAAAGAAUCAAGUCCUCCCAAAGCUGAACCAAUGGAAUGCAAGCGCCAAACUGCACCAAAACGAGCAGCUCCAAAGCGAAUUUAUGGCUUAAACUACAAGAGAGCUCGCAAGCAGGCCCAGCAAAACACUAUGUUAUCCAAACUCCUUGAACCGGAUAUUAGACAUGAACGGAAUGUCCUGCUGCAGUGUGUGCGUCAUGUAUGCGAAAGGAAUUUCUUUGGCAUUGGACAAACUAAGGAGAAAGCUAAGCUGGAUUCAGCUUGUGAUAAUGACAAAGAGAAGCUGGUGCCGACUUGUGAUAAAUCCAUAGAUAUAACACCAGAUGUAUGAUUAUCUUUAGCCAUUAGGAUAAGCCAUUAAAGUACAAACUUAAGUAUG